AUGUCAGAUGAUAUGAACAUUGAAACUGAAGAUUUAACAAGUGAAGCAGAGAAUGAUCAAAAUAACCCACCUAAUAACUCAACAUCUUUAAACCAAAAAACUCAUAAUAAUGAAAGAAAUUUAAGAGGUUGUCGUCAAUCAAGGUCUCGUGAGAAUGAUCGACAUAAUAGAAAUAAAAGGAAUAAUGACAGAAGUUCUCAUUGGGAUAACAAUGAUAGAAUGAGAAGAAUGAGACCAGUUCUUCCGUUUAUGGGUGGGCAGUUUUUUGGUGGACGCCCUUUAAGAGGACCAAAUAUGGGUGUUCCACCAAUUGUUCCACCUCCUGGAUUCAACAUGGGCAUGAUAUCAGGUAUGAAUUCUAUGAUGCAAUUUCCACAAAUAAUGCCCAAUGUAAUGGGACAGCAAUCAAUAGACGGAUCACAACCAGUUAUGCCUAACAUGAAUAUGCAUUGCAUGAUGAACAAUAUGAUGGACCAAAACAUGAUAAUUAUGAAUCAGACCAUCUACUCACAAAUAAAUCAGCCCAUUGUAUUCUCUUGGGGUGUACUCUUACCCCCUAUUCCAGGAGUUUCAACCCCUCAAAGGAAAGAGAAACCAAAUGGCUGCCGGACCGUAUUUAUUGGUGGCUUACCCGUUAUUGAUUUUGAAAUUUUAAAGGAAAUAUUUGAAAAAUAUGGCCCCAUAGAUAAUAUAAAAUCGCCAAAAUCGGCAUUGUAUUAUAUACGUUUUGAAAAAAUGGAAAGUGUGGAGUCAUCAUUUAGCCUUACGGGAUACAGGUUUAAGUUCAAUGAACAAAGUGAUAAUGAAGCGACCACAAUAUUUGUGGAUUAUGCUCUGAAUCGUGAUGAUGCAGAUGAAUAUGAGAUGCAAUGUCAGAGAGUACCGACUCCCCCCCUUGUGGAACCCUUCUCACCCUCGGCUCUCUCCGAACUCGGUGAGAAGAUCAAGAGUGAGACAGACUUUGUUACUGCUGCUCCGACACUAGCAGCGUGGCUGCAAGGUGGGGAAUGUAACAAAUUGAACGCAAACACAUUCUACUCCCUCAUCCAAGCCAGCAACAACCAAGUGAGGAGAUUGUUCAAUGAAAAGAUGAAUCUGGAUGAGGAGCUUAACAAUAUGAAAACGUCUAUAAAAGACAAAUUUGCACUUGUCGUGCUACAGUUCGAGCUUGUAGCGAAAAUUCUAUCUGCGGCGAAAGACCAACGUGUGUCAGAUCAUUUCUCCAAACAACAGCGCAGGAACAUCGAGAUGUGGCUCAAAAUGACUGAGGAGGUAGAGAAUAUUAAAGAAGAAUUUUAUGCAAGCUUCGAUGAUGACGAUGUAGAUCUAAAAUUAGGCAAAAACAUGGUGCCUAUAGAAAAAUAUGAGGAGUUAAAGAAAGAAAAUGAAAACUUAUCGUAUGAACUGGAAGAGUACAAGAAUGAAGUACAUCUCGCCAAAGACGAAGCAGAGAGAAAAUUCGAAAAGUUCAAAGCACAUUUUAUUGCUCAACAAGCUUUACAAAAUAACCAGAUCUACCCACAUCAAAUGACUUCAAUAUCCCCAACAUCAGCCACUUCAAAUCCACCAUUAAUAGAUAAAAAGAAAGUUGUGGCAACAGACACGUCGGUACCUUCUUCUGAAGCAAUGCUUAUCAGCAUCUUGACAGCUUUCCUUUUAGUUCAUCCUUUAGGAGCGUCUUUAGAUUAUCUUGUAUCAUACGUAAAGUCAAUGAUAUCAAAUAUAACGCAAUCCACGGUAUUGUCAACUCUUAAAAAAUAUGAAAAUAUUUUCCACUGCUCCACUACAGGUGUUGGGGCUUGUAUCGAACACAAGUGGACCUUUAUCUCCUUUGAUACAAUUAAAAAAAAUAAG